GUAGUUGCUGAAGGAAAUCCUUAUUCUAAUAUAAGCCGGUACACUAAAGAAAACUUUGCGUUGAUGUUUACAAGUAGAAAUCUGAGAAUAAGACUGGUUUAAUUCAAACCUUCAGCAAUAUUUUAAAGAUUUUUUCUGGUUAGUUUCUCAACAAUUUUUUCAGAAACAGAUGAUGAGGAAGAAUGUAAGUUUAAACGCCAUGUUUUGCUGGCUAUGAAUGAUUAUGUUAAAUUAAAGUUCCGGAGUUGUCGACGGAUAUCAGCUUACGUGAUGCCUGGGUAAAUAUUCUGUCAGACAGGAACACAACUCAUGAAACCGAGUUCACCAGCGGAAAAUCGUGAGAGGUUCAAAAUGAAUGAUGUCUUGGAUCUUCCUCCAAGAGGCCUAGGUCUUAUCGUACUCGAAUGCACCAUUUGUCUCGUGCUAAAUAUCGGAAGUUUAGUUGGUAAUGGCAUGCUUUGUGCAGCAGUCUACCGCAACCCAAGACUCAGAUCCACGACGAACUUGUACAUCGUUGCCUUGUCUGUUGGAGAUCUCAUCACCGCUGUCCUUGAAAUGCCUUUCACCUUUUGGACGUUAGUAGAGGGAAGAUGGGUCCUCGGUGACGAGAUGUGCCAAGUUCAUGGUUUUGUCGACGUAUUCUCAACUUACUGUCCUCCGGCGACGAUGGGUCUUACAGCUUUCAACAGGUACAUUCGAAUUGUCAAGACUAAUUAUUACAGGAAAAUCUUCUCUCCAUGGCGUUCUAAGAUAUGGUUGACGGUUGUGUGGCUCUCUCUUGCGGGUUAUCUUCUUGUUGCGCGCAUGACGAACUGGCAGAGGUACGGGUUUGUGGUUGGUUUUGCCGCCUGUAGUGUCAAACAUUACACGGAAAGCAGAAAGCUGUUUCACUACGUCUUCAUUGUUUGCGUGUAUUUUGGCGUCCCAUUUUUAGUUGCCAUUUUUUCCUAUUGCAACGUGUUCAGAUCCAUACGAAAACAUAAUCUGGAAGUUGCACCAAAUCUUCAUAACGCCCAGGAAGCUGCACAGACAAGAAUCUCAAUCCACGAGAUAAAAAUAAGCAAAUCUAUCGCUUGUGUUUUGGCUGGUUUCUUUCUUUGCUGGAUGCCGAUGUGGAGUUUGUCUCUCUCCAAUCGAUUCUACCCAACACCAGUCCCAAGGGUAGUGCCAUUAUUGGUGACAUUUUUCGUGUUUUUAAGUAGUUCCAUCAACCCUCUUAUUUACGCGGCCACAAAUCAUGGAUUUAGACAAGAGUUUCGCAAAAUGCUGUGUUGUCGUCGCCAACGAAGGCAAAUUGUCCCAAGACAAAAAAGAGCUGGAACAAUUGUGGAGAACAUUGAACUACACGAGCAUGCAGACGUCAACAGAAAUGUCACCUAUAUGGCCAUUUUAAAGAUGAGUGAGAACAGACGUAUUUUUUAGCAAAGAUAUCAAAAAAGCUCCUAGAUGAACAGACUAAAUAAAGAGUUGCGUCAUGACUUAGUCAAUGUACUAUUGAUGUUGGAAAUAUAAUAAACCGAACUGGAACUGGAAGGAUGUUUUAUAUUUUCUAAUGAAACUAUUGAA